AUGGGGCGUAAUAAUGAAACUGAGUACGUUUCUGUGGAAAGUAGCGCCGCAAACAACAAUAACAACAACGGUAACGGGUAUAUUGGCGAUGGUGCAGCGAUUGCGAAUGAGGUAGGAAAAGUGGAAGAAGAGACCGCCGUCAACAAUUGCGAAAGCCUCAACAGGUUUAACAGCAUUAUACAGCUGCUGCCCCUCAGGACGAGGCUGACAAUAUCGUCCCUUUGUCUGCUCGAUAACGUGUCCACGCAGAUGCUAAGGUUCUUGCUCUUCAACGCCAAUUCUCCACAGGUACUCGCGAUGUUCACGGAUGCGGCGAACUACUUGAACUCGAGCGAGACGGAAACUUUCCAGGUUCUAUUGCAAUUGUUCAAACAGGUGCGGCUGAUAUACAACGCUCGGUCGCCCCUGUUGAACGUUCACGACGUCGCUCCAGGUCUGUGGUUCCCCAAUUCCCCACCUCCGUUGCUACUCAGAGGCCACGAGGCGUUCAUAAUUGCUGCCAUCAGGAAGACGAACCUGCUGACUUUCAUACUCACGACGCUCAACUGCUUCAAUUACGGGUUCGAUCUUUUGCAGAACACGUUCUUGGACAUCUUCUGCCCAAACACACUCUACACGGGGACCACCACGACGGACCAGAAUGGGAAGUUUUUGAAAUCGCAGGCGAUCCUGUACUUGGACUUGAAGACGCAGGCCUACAUUUCCGGGUUGAAACCACACGAGGACGAAAAUCAAUGCGUCACGGAGGAAAGCGUGUCUGAAUUGCUGGAUAUUAUCUUCCCAAACGAUCUCCCCGACAAACUCGUAGCGAGGAGGACAGGCGCACAGGUGCAAGCGUCCAACGAGACACUGACCACAUCAGAGAGAGACUUUAUCGACCGGUGUAUCCGUCGUAAAGAAAAUCUUUCCCGCUUCAGUGACACCAAGGAACUGGGGGAAAGCUACGACUGGAACCACUUUAUCAAGGAGUUGCUCGACUACUGCAACAAAAACAUGGGACUCAUUAUCUGGGGACAGAAGGGCCGCGGGAAGUCCCCGCUGUUUAUGUUUGACACGGAGGAGUUCGACCCACAAGUCCUAUACGCCUCGGGCGCAGCAGAGGUGAGUCCACGGACCACAACAUCGGAACCGACAAAGAAGAAGAAGCAGAAGCAAAACAAGAAGACGAUGACGGCAGCGGAGAAAAAAAUGGCAACCACUCCACAGGAACCUGGGACAAACGCUUCCCAGACAAGGGACCACACGGAUGUUACCUUGGAAAACGUUGACGAGGCACUAGUGGGGGGUCCUGACUCCACCGCGGGGGAAGGGUACGCGGCAAUGCCACUGGACCCUACAGACAGGAGCAAGAGAAAUAACGCCAUGACCGAAUAUAUCGUCAACGCUGCCGUGGCUGCAUCCGGUACGAACGGGAUCAAGAAGUUGAAGUCGAAGCGCACGUGGUCCAAGGAUGAGGAAGACGCCCUGGUAGAAGGACUCAGGGUGGUCGGCUCGUCGUGGUCUAAAAUACUCGAUCUGUAUGGGCCUGGUGGGAAAGUAUCGGAGAGCUUGAAAAACAGAACUCAAGUACAGUUGAAGGACAAAGCUAGGAAUUGGAAACUACAGUAUCUGAAAAAUAACAGGGAACUUCCCGAGUACCUGAUAAAAGUGACUGGUAAUUUGGAGAACAUAAACCGAAGUAAGAAGAAGGCGAAACCCAGCGCAUUAGCACCAACACCAGCGCCAGCACCAGAACCGCUGUCAACACUCGAAGAAAGUCAAAUAGACGAUCGCCGAAUGAGCGAAGCGGAGAUGUUGGACCCAGCGGCAGCUAGACGUAUAGACCAAGACCCCUCUGAUGGCCUCUUCGAUGGCACGAACACUGAAAGCGCAGAAUUUGAUCCAAACCUAGAAACCAGCAUGUAG